GGGAGGUCUGUCGAUACACACAGGGAUUACGUCCAUGAGCGAAUACCGUCGACGAGACAUGUCGUAUCACGCAAGUGAGUGACAUCACUCGGCCACAGCCAUGUAUGAAGUAAUCAGUGCUGCUGUGGGGAGAGCCACAAACAGGGGGAGGGAAAACCGGUGGUCGGCUGCCGAGUCAUCAGGCGAUGCUGUGGGCGGCGGAUCGCCUGCAACACAAGGCAGCAUUUGGCGUGUGCAUAUCUAUUGCAGUGUGUCUCGUGUAUCCCUUGCUCUGGUUGCGUACCGGAACCAUCAGUGCCUGCAUCGACGUUGAUGGUUAUCUGAACAAUAUAGGCAGGCCAGGCCCGACAUCACAGCCUUCUACGCAUACGGUGUGUGUCUCUGUGCUGGCAGCGAGUGCCUGCGCUUACCGGGUUGAGUGUCUGAUAUCUCGAAUAACUCUCAGCAAUCACGCCAUCGAAACGGACACUUCCAGCCCUGUCUUCUGAAUAAAACCAAGCAAUCUGAUAGGUUGCCGGCUCAAACUCUGUGUCUGCCCCGUUUCCAUCACCUUUGUUGAACCACUUGAUGCCCAUGGGAAGAGCUACCGACGCACAAAGAGGUACGUGGAGGGCAUGGAUCGAAUUGUAGCAUCCAUCGCACUCUCGUACUUUUUGCUGCGCUAUCUUCGUGCGUGAAUUGUGGGCCGCUGUCACAGGAUCGUUCCUGCAGCUCCGCGGGUAGGUCGUAGAAGCCUCCCCUGCUGGCAACCACACUCAUCCCUGCAUACUUCACACACCCCGACAAAGAGAACACACACACGUCCAUCCGUCGUCGAUCGUCUUCGCUGCCCCGGCCGGCCCGCCCCUUUCCGCCUUACCGUCCCUCCACUGAAUGAGAUUGUUGCCCCACCAUCACUCGUCUUCUCGAUUGUCCAUGAGUAGCCCAGGCUGGUUCUCGUACCGUGGCCAGGCCGCGUGCUGCAAAGAGGAGCGCCAGAUGGAUAGGCGAACGAAGGGAGAAAGAGCAGCUGCAGCACCAAGGCCACCUGCCGUGGGGCUCGCGCAAGGGCCCGUGCCGAAGGAAGAUCUGGCUUGCCCUUCACGAUAAUUCCCAUCUUUUCGACGCCGCAAAAGAUCGG